CCCCGCUCCCCCGUCCAAUAAUAUUGCCAUUUGUCUCAACAUCAAGGUUCAGCGAGCUACCCAAGAAGAGUAAGCAACUCUCGUUGGAUUCUCUUCAGAUAUCAAUCAUACGGACCUGACCUGUUACACUUCGUUGACUUCUGCCCAGACAGGAUAAUAGCAACAAGACAGUCUGUUCGAGAAGACUUUGACUCGAGACAGUCGCUAAGAUCAAACUCUCCCCAACGGGUACACCAGUCUUCCAGAACCAGGUUCUCUCAAGAUGACUCCACAUGCUUCAGCUGUGAUGGAGGUUCUUCACACAGCGGAACUACUUGAACAAAUCCUCUCCGACCUUUCCAUCGACAGACUCCUGAUCGUCAAGCGUGUUUGUCGUUUCUGGAACGCAGUAAUCUCUACAUCACCAUCGCUCCAGCGUAAUCUUUAUCAACGUCCAGAUCUAUCACGUGAUAUUCGAGAUUAUAAUCCAUUGUUUGAGGACUUCUUCAGCGAUAUUGGAUGCGCAGAUGUCCCGAUGAGAUCGCAAAAUGGUUCUAGGGGACCACCAGCGCAUCUGAAAAUUUCACCGAUCCAAAUGCGAAAAUUAUUGACCAAGUGUCCCCCAGCCCUCAGAACUAUGAGCAUGUUCCAGCCACCAUGCCGGUAUUGGCUUACCUUGCCUAGUGCAAGUCCUUGGGACUUUACUGUGAAGUUUAUGAAUGAAGCCGACACACCCGUCAUGCGAGCUGUCGAGAAAGCUAGCAUGAUUAUUGAGCUAGAGGCGGACAAACGGAGGAAUCUAAGACGGAAUCUUGAACACAGACUGCGACCAGGAGUUCGAGGUGCAAACAUGCGACACCGGUACCAAAACGGUCGUGCAGGAGCGGUCAAUGCAUGAGUAAAGAUCAGAUUCUGUUCACUACAGUGGCUUUGACAAAAUUGGUGUCACUGUCCGCAAGGGUUUUCUUAAGAACUUUUGGCUCAGUCUUCAGCAUGAGCUUGUAACGAGCUGCUAAGAACACCGAUGCCGACACUUCAAGAAAUUGGUAUUUUUACCAGUCAUCACUCCCACUCCGUGUGUCAAACACGGUCGGUCAUGUGCGAGGUGUGAACGAAAUCAUACCUACCGUUGUAGGUUUGACUUGAGACGUUCAAGAUACUACACGAAUCCUCACCGUGCGAGGAUAAUCUAGAACGUGCAGUUCGAACGCUUUCCCAUUCAAUCCACAAUGAGAUUUGUUUCAUGCUGUGCUACUCUAUGGUGCACAGUAUAUCCUUUUUUAUCUUGUAUCGCGCUGUUAUCAUUUCGCUAGUCUCUAGCAUACUUUCUACAACUAGCUACGGUUAAUUUCUCUUGAUAUUCUUGCCAAAUAAUGGAAACAC